ACAAACGGCUGGCAUGUGUAUUUUCAAUGCAAGCCAACGCGCUAAACUUGAAUGAAUGAAUGAUGCAUCCACGGCCGGCCACUCAACUGUACCUGCUGCGAUAUGUGUAAAUAUUCAUACAAAUUAUAGUGCCUUUUCUCUUCCUGAGUGCAGUACUUUGUCUUCUAAAAGAUGAGGGAUACUUGUAGCCGUACAUGUACCUUGCCUUCAAGGUCAUCAUCUGAAAUGGCCAAACAAUCACCAUCAUCGUCGAGGUCAACCAGUCUCCAUGUACGGGUUCUCAGGAGCAACAGCAAGCUGCCAAAAACCAUGCUCACCGAUCUCCCAGAUGAACUCCUCAUUUACCUACUGAAAUUCUUACCAAUGUGUGAUCUCCAGAAUAUGUAUAGAAUAAGCAAACAAUUCAAAUGGCUGCUAGAUUCUACCCCAAGGAUAUGGGCCAAUGCAAGUGUAGUCGGAAGGUGGCCAACCAACUCAACUGAAAUGGAAUGCUUCAACAGGGCGGCUGCAUUAGGAAACAUUGAGGCACUGAUCAAACUGGGUGUUGCAUAUUUGUAUAGUGAAGGAGUGGAGUCUGACCUAUGUAAGGAUGGAAGCAGAGCCGCCCAGUACUUCACCAAGGCUGAAAAAUUAGCUCCUUGUAAUAGUCCCUUCACGUGGUUACUCAUCCGUCCCCCCUGGAGCAAUUGUGGAACAUGCUGCAAAGCUAGGGUCUUUCAAUGUAUGAAGGACAUUUCUAACGAGUCAAAGGAAGCUGACCGAUCAGUACUAUUCUGUCUAGCCAAACUUCAUUCGUUUGUUGAGGAUAUGGAUCUGAGUACAAAGAAGAAAAAUGGGCACCAGUCUGAAGCGAGGGAAUGGUUGAAGAAGGCAGCAGAUGCUGGAAGUGUGGCAGCCAAAUAUGAAUAUUGGAAAAACAAUCUCACUGAAAGUACUAAUGACCAUGCAACUAGUCUGAAAAUUCUACGCCAACUCAGGGAAUUUGCAUCUCAGGGCUGUUUAGAAGCUAAACUGCGUUUGUAUUCAGAAUACGCCAAAGGCAAGUUAGGAGGCGUGUCACAGGCCCAUGCCAGGGAAGCGAUGAGGGGCUUCGUAAAAGAAUCACGGCCGACUAAAGUGAACACAAUACUCAGAUCUCAAAAUGGACUCAAUACUGCAAUGAGAUACAUCUUGGUUGACUGGUUAGUCGAGGUUGGUAGUAUGAAGGAUUACUCAUGCUUGACCAUUCACAGCGCUGUCCAGUUAGUUGACCGUUACCUAAUGGCUAGGAAUAUCUCUCGGUCAACUCUACAGCUAGUCGGCAUCACAUGCAUGGUCAUUUGCUCAAGACUGCUAGAAGAUGACAUCAUAACAAUCCGUGAGGCAGCAUGGCUGACAGACGGUACCUACAAGUAUGAGGAUGUGGUUCGCAUGCUUGGAGAUGUGGUGGCAACACUCAAAGGCAAUCUUAGGGAACUGACAGUAUUAGACUACCUUCAUCUGUUCUGCCAAGUUGUAUCGGCCGAUAGCAAGAUGGAAUACUUAGCUUUGUACAUCAGCGAGCUGUCAUUACUCCAUGCAGACUUUGGGCAGUACUCCAGGGCCCAGAUAGCUGCCUGCUCUCUGUUCCUUUCAAGGCUUAUGCUAGGAACAGAUUUUUCUUGGCCAACUCCUCUAGUUGAACACACCGGUUUUGAGAUCUGCGAUCUAGUACAAUGCACACUACACCUUCAUAACAAAUGCUUCCUAGACGAUCCGGUCAAAGACCACCGUGAGGUGACCUUGGCAGCGGUCAAGCAGCGCUUCUCAGAGGACCUCUUCCUAGCGGUCAGCAAGUUGGACGUAAUGGAUCACCAGACUCUCAGGACUAUGCUGUGUGUGGAGGAUGACGAUGAGGAUCCGUCUAAUGCAAGCAGGAUCGACCCGAUGCCAUCUAGCAAAGAUGGCAUGGAUGCUUUCCUGCUCAUGUCACCAUCAAGAAAGUCAAGAGGUCAAAUUAAGCCCAAUGCGGCAGAGUAUAGUUUACAUGAUGAUCGUAGUGACCGUGUCUCCACGCCGACUCAUGAAUUCCCUGAAGAUGAUGAGCCAUUGUUGGGUGUCGAUGUCCAUCCUAUCGAUAUCAGCGAGUCAGAUAUUGAUCCACAGAUCUUUGAAAAACCAAGUAAAGAGGUUCUUCCAAAGAACAACAAAGACCCCGUCUCUACAAGAUCCUCGGCCUCGUGGGUUGUUUUAGACGAGAGCCAGUCCGUCUCGGUAAAAACAAGAAGAUCGGCUCCAUCGUCAUCAUCAAAACCCUGUUCGAUGACAUCUGGGGAUAUGGCCGGCUCCACCAACUGCUUCCUACCUCUAUCAACCUCCCUUUCAUCAUCGACAUCCUCAUCGUCGGCGAAGUCAAACAAUCAGGUAGCAUACACCAUCAGCGCUAGCGGGAGGUUAUGUCAGCAGAAAGUCAAAGCUCGGAGGGUCGGGGCAAGCCCCGUGAGCAGUAGAAGUAGGAGCAUUCCACAGUGUAGCAGCAUGAAGAGCACGCCCUCAAGCACAGUGAGGUACCAGUUCAGACAGAGGACGCCUGUGCAGUCCGUGAAGCGCAAGAGCAUGGAUGAUUCAAGCGAUGAAGGGGCAGCUGGUCAUUGAGUCCAAUACCAAAAUAACAAUGUAAUCAUCUCAAGACCUGCUUUGAUUAUCUCUUCCUUUAAUACUGCCUCAUCAGGAGUUAUAUCUAAAUAUGGGAUUGGCCUGACCUCGGUAUGCAAAGGCUACAGUCUCACAGGUGUCAUGUCUUUCUGGUUUUUGAGGAGUUACAGCUAAUUCUAGCAUCCCUAUUGGUGCUAGUUUUCACUUAGCUGAAGCUAUGAUCUUACUGUAUCAUGGUCGACUUUGAGAAAUAUAUUGUGAUGCAACUUGACAGAGGGAAUAAGAUCACAAUAUUGCAAGAGUUGUGAGCAAAUUUUGUAUUUCAGUGAAAGUUGACUCAAUUUGAUAUGUGAGGUUUUCAUGAUCAUUGUUGUUAAUAGCUUGUUAUGAAUAGUCAGUUUGUUUCUUCUGUCGGAAUUGGACUGAUGAUUCAUGGACCUAUAACAACUGAACGAUCCUUGGGGCCUAAGACCAUCACCGCUAUUCCCUUUAUAAACAGAGUGCUGGCAGCUGACGCCCAUCAAGGCGGUAGUAAAACACGCUGUCACUGAUGGACAACGGAAAUCAAUUGUGCGCUGCUCCUACACAGCAGCGAACGUUAGCGCUAUGAAAACGAUUGCAGAAACAAGAAAACCGGCGUGUAUAAAAGUAUUUUUAGGUACAUCGCUAACGACCGCUCACAUAAUGCAUUGACAUCACCGUGCAGAUCAGAAUAUCUACAGCAAAAAAACAGUAAAAGUUAGACAAGAAAUGUGCGGAAAAAUGUUGAAAAUGCAUCUUUCUUGCAUACCAUCUGUCAGAAGUUGAUUUUCAUUUGAGGGUAAAAUCCCACAGGAUUGGCAAAAUUUUAUCUGAUGAUCAAACGACAAUUGCACAAUAUUGACAGUGUGAAAUAAUGUAUUGAAAACUGGAAAUAAAUUGCGCAUUGCAUUAUAGGUGAUGCAGGGACUUUCCCUGAUUGCAUCGAUCGAGCUUACACGACUGUAUCUGGUCGAAAGAGGGCCAGAGAUCGAGUGGUAACUGUCAUGGUCUGAGAAGGGAUUACGUGAACAAACGCCCCAGGCGCUCGUCGUAAAAAAAGCGUUAAGAGAAAGUUAACUGUGUGACAGCAUUUUGACAGCUGGAAACAGGUGGUGGCCAUAAAAUGCUCCCGAUGUUGUAGGUCCGUGGAUGAAUUGACCUUAUUCACAAAAUAUGUGCAUUCCAAUCUUAUUUCAAACAUGCUCUCUCUGGAAUUGAUGUAAUCCUCCACCUUGAUCUACCUAUCCCAGCUUUCAUCUUGUGCUGCAUCUUGGUAUACCUCUUGUCAUUUUGAAAUGUUUCAUACAGUAUCAUAUGGGUACAUCAGAUACUUUGCACUACAUAUUGGCUGAGAGCUGAAAGGUCACUACUCCUUCAGAUUUCUAUUAAUGUCAAAUUCUUUGUCAAUAUCUAUUCCCAUUUGUGGAGGAAAUGCAGACAAUAUUUGGUUUGAAUAUAUUUGGUCAUGUUACAUGAAACCUAAAAUGGAUAAUAAUUUUGAUAAUUCUAUCAUCAAUAUUGAGGAAUUUUCACCAUAUAUUGUAGUUUGAACCUUGGAAGUUAAUAUUGAUGUUAUAUACAGUGUUAAGCAUGGUGCUACAUGUAAGCAGUGUUUUGAUUGAUUACCUGGAAUGCGUUUUCUGCCAUACAAACCGUCAGAAAUUAUUUACAUACUUGUACUGUUCUCAAAUCUUUGUUUCAGUAUUGCCUAUUCUCACCCUAUUGAGGUACUGAAGGGUUUUUAAAUCAAUUUUUCAACCAACAUGAAUGUAUGAUUUUCAAUUUCAUAGAUGUACUUUUAUUUUUAUAUACUCUUUCAUGUGACGAUGGGUAUCGUUAUUUUCUUUUGAUGAUUUUUUUUAUAUCUUAGUUGUCUCAGGAAUGUUCAACUUUGCACAAAUAGAGCUUUCAUUUCCUUUUACGUAAAGAAACUUCACAUUUUUCUGAUUGAAAUAGCGCACCAUUGAGAUUUGUGAAUGAGAGUCGAUUAAUACCGGCUUUCUAAAGAGCAAAGGAUCUUUUAUUUUGUUACUUAUGGUGAAUUCACACAUGCAUACAUGUAGCCGACAAUGAUGUAUGCAGUCUCGUGCUUCAGGCAUCCAGCCUUCACCCGUCAUUGUCAUUUACGUGAUUGUAAUCUAGUACCAGCAGCGACUGAAGCAAUCCAAUUAGUGCAUUAUUAAUGAUUGCUUUAUAUUUCUGUACAGUGGCAAGUUGACCCAAGUUUCCACAAAAUUUUAAGUAAACAUGUUGUGCAUCAAGGAUUACAGCAUUGGUGCUCGUUUACCUACUUGUCCUUUUAAACGUACAUGUACUAUGGUUUCAUAAAAAAAAUAUUUGUUCUAAUUGGUUGUAAAUUGUAGAGUUCAUGUACAUGUUUAAAUAACUAUAUCAAUCUUUUGCCCAAACCGAAGCAUUUUUUUUUAAACCAUAUUUUGUAUCAAUAUGCAAAAAUAGUUUACCUCUUGUGAGUCAGAUUUUAUCUAAGUCGGAAAGAUUUCUCGUCCCAUUAGAAUCGACUUUAUUAAUAGUCAAAUUUCCUGUAUAUUACACACUGCAUUCAUCAUUAUUCUUUGAGUGUAUAGAGCAUACACUUAUAAUAGAAGAAAUCUAGAAUUCUUCUCUAGCAGCUACAAUCGGAGAAAAAAAGUAUUUGUUCACUAUUUCAUGAGCAUUCCACAAUCUGUGUACAUUCCUUUGAUGCUGCAUAAUCAUUCCAUAUCAAUGGUGCUUUUUUUAUGAUGUCUGAAUGAUCCAAAUAUCAUUUUGAUCUUAAUGUUGAUGAGGGUUGGUGAGUUCAGACUAGUUGAGAAAAAGAUGUUUAUUACACUGCAAAAAGAGAUUCAUGUUCAGAUUAAAUUGGCAGUAUUGUACUGAGUGGUACAUUUUGUGAUUUCUGUCAGUUUGGACAGUCAGAUAGAUACAGACUGAUAAAGAAUUUGAUUGAAUUGGGAACUUUAAAGUAAUGGAAUUUUUCUUUUCGAACAAGCCUUGUUUAUUUGUUGUAAGUUGGAUAAUCACAAUGAAUUUCCUGUUUGUAAAGAUAAUAUUAUGCUAAUUGAGAUGACACAAAUUUUAAGUUAUUGAAGUUAAAUAUUGAAAGCAUUAUGAAGAAUAUAUUUAAGCCUUGAUACUCGGAAAAUAAUUACUGACAAAAAUCGUAUUUCUGACUUUCCAUAACUGUAUUUUUAUGAGAAUUCCUGAUAUGUAUUUGAAUUAAAAUUUGGGUGUAAGUUAUUCAAAUAUUCAAAUGUGUUCAAAACUUGGUGAUGCAAAACAAGCAUUAUUUUCACAUGAAAUACUAUUGUCUUCCCUUUCAGAUGUAUUCCAAUUGUUGAUGAAAAAUUAUGAUAUGCUGAAUUUGUGUUUUGAAUUUCUGUAGUUUUUUUAGGCAGAUUUUCAAUCACUGAUGUAUCUAUGUUCCAUGUAUAUAGUACUUUAUACAAUCACCAUGUGCCUUAAUUCAAAAGAAAAGGAAAUUAUAAAGAUGAUGGUCUUUAAAAAAAUAUCGUUUUUUCCCCCUUUUUUUCUUUGAAUCUCUGCUCAAGGCAGAUUAUUCAGUUAUACUAUUUUUCUUCUUUUUUUUUAAAAAACGUUUCCUUUUUUGUUUUAGAUAACAUCUUCAUCUACCAUUCUUUUUCUUUUUUUUAAAAUUUUGUUUGUGGGAAGAAAGUGAAACCCCUUUCUUCAAAACAUGUCAACAUUUCCUUUAUCAUUACAUUGAUUCUAGGUAAAAUGUGCUGAAAUUGUAAAUAUAAUCAUUGCAUUUCCGUUUUCUAUUUUCGCUUUUUACAAUCUUUAAGUUCGUAACUUUUACAAUCAUUUGGAAAGUACUACGGAAAACGGUACUACAUUGCUUUCCCCUUUUUAUAUACAAACCUUAGUUAUGACUUUUGUAUGAGUUGACAUGAUGCCUAUGCAACCUCGGCCAUGUGAUGGCGCCUUAUUAUUUUCUUCCAGCAUUACUUUAUAUUUAUGUUUGUAUAUUCAGUACAUGUCCCUCUUUGUAAAGACGGAAAUUAAAAAGCACUAAUUUUUUUCUGCA